AAUCAAAGCAAAAAAUGAGUCAAUUUAUAUCAUCUUGUAUGUUUAGCCACAUCACGAAAGCAAAUGCAUUUUUCUCUAUAAAUAGUGAAUUUUAUGUUUUGCUAAGUAUCCCAUUGCCUCCGUUUUCUUGCAUGCUAGAUAUCUGUAACUUUUCCAUACAAAAAAAAAAAAAAAUGGUUCUUACCACCCUAGAAAUGCUUACCGCAGCGAGCACAUUUUUGGUCUUAGUUUGGGCUCCAUUUUCACGAUUCUUUCUCCAUGAACUUCAGUCUUACGUAACCAUGUUAUUUAUCAACAAAAUCACGAUCUUCAUCUCUCCCUGUGUUACAAUUGCUUUCCACGAGUACAGUAGUACUGACACUUUCACCCGAAGCCAAUACUAUGAAAAUAUCCAAAACUAUGUUAGUGUCAACUCCGUUGGCAGGCUAGCUCGAAAACUCAAGGCUGUUGAUGUUAAAGAUAGCAGGACUAUGUUUCUAGGACUAGACGACAUCGCCGAAGUCCAUGACGAAUUCCAAGGCGUUAAAGUCAAGUGGAAUUCUGACAAAACAGUCUCUGUAGCCUCAUCCAGGGGGACUUAUUCCAACUCCAACGAGAAAAGGCACUACACACUCUCUUUCCAUAAACGCCACUAUCAACUCAUCACCACCUUUUAUAUCGAUCACGUCAUGAAGGAGGGAAAAGAAAUAGCUCUGAAGAAUCGGAAGCGAAAACUUUACACCAAUAGCUCUUCCCAGUUUGGUCGAGGGUGGACCAGUGUCGACUUCGAGCAUCCGGCAAGUUUUGAUACACUUGCUUUGGACCCUGAGAAGAAGAAAGAGAUUAUAAAAGACCUCCUUAAGUUCAGAAACGGAAAGCGGUACUAUAAAAAAAUUGGUAAGCCUUGGAAACGAGGGUAUCUUCUUUAUGGCCCUCCUGGGACUGGAAAGUCAACCUUGAUUGCUGCCAUGGCUAAAUAUCUAGAUUAUGAUCCAAAAAAUUUUUUUUACAUCUAUGAUUUGGAGCUCACGGCUGUUAGUAAUAACAACGAGCUGAAGAAGCUGUUGACGGCCAUUUCGAGUAAGUCCAUCAUUGUGGUUGAAGAUAUCGACUGUUCGCAUCAUCUCACUGGUCAACGAAAGAAGAAAAAAGAAGAUGGAGAACAGAGUGCAGACUCUGUUCCUGAAACGUUCAAUUCAGAAAAUGAGAGUAGUAAGGUCACUCUCUCUGGACUUUUGAACUUCACUGAUGGGCUUUCGUCUGCAUGUGGGGAUGAGAGAAUUUUUGUGUUCAGUACUAAUUAUUUUGACAAACUUGAUCCAGCUCUCAUUCGGAAAGGAAGAAUGGACAAGCACAUAGAGCUCUCUUACUGUGGUUUUGAAGCAUUUAAGUUGCUUGCAAAGAUCUACUUGGAUGUUGAAUCACAUGAUGAUUUGUUUCCGACGAUUGAGCGUUUGUUGGGUGAAACUGAUAUGACUCCUGCUGAUGUAACUGAGAAUUUGAUUGCAUAUUCUGAAGACGAAGACGCAGACAAGUGUUUGAAGAAUUUGGUUGAAGCUCUUGAGAAGGCCAAGGAGGAGGCUGAGGAAGAAGCUAAGUUGGAGAAAGAGAGUGCAGGAAUUUCUGGCACCAAAGGUGUUGCGAAAUACAGUGGAGCGUUAGUUAUUAAGGAAGCCAAUGGAUCAGUCACCCCCACUGCGGAAGGAAGUUUGGGGAAGAACAAGGCUGUAUGUAUGCCUUUUUAAUUAUUAUUUGUAGUUAGAAUUGGUGGCCAUCUGGAUUGUAAUUGGAAUGUAGUGCUGUGUGUCAGUUGUCUAUUCAAAAAAUGAACAAGAAAAUUUAAAAAAAAAAUAGGUUGCGUGUCUGUCUAGUAUGUGUGGUGUGGUGUGUGAGCAUAGCUUCAUGUCUUGUGUUGUAUGUUUUUAAUUCAUCAGAUGUACACGUGUGACAUAUUUUAAUAAAAAUUGCAUGUUAUUUGCAAAAGUAAA